AUGGUGAACGUAAUGAUAGGCGAUCAUGCUUCAAGGCUCAAUCUACUCGGACCAUAUCGAUACGUGAUCAAAUGCACCGGGUUGGAUUGCUCCAUAUUCUCAAAUUCAAUGCGAUGCUUUUACUAUAUUUCGACAGCGUUUUCAAUUCUCGUGAUACUCGUCCAAUUUUUUCGCAUGGCCAUUUUCAUCAAAGUUGAGGCUCAUGUGCUCUCUUUCGCGUGGGCUGAAUCCAACUAUUUCGGCUUCAUGUCGAUUCAUGGAAUGGUUUGCUCAUUGUGCAUUUUUGGAUGGACAAAAAAUCGAUUCAUCCCAAAUCUUAUCGACGAUCUCAUUCAACUGUCAUCACUAAGGAUAUCUCCAAAUGCGGACCUCGAUAAUUAUAAGUGUCUUCAAUUGAAGUGCGCUAUUUUUUCGAUCCCAUUGUUCGUUGUCGCUCUAGCGUACUCAAUCUAUUCGGCCAUCCAACACAAAGUUCUGCUUGGAGGAAAUGAAACUCUAAUUUAUUUGUACAUAUUGAUGCCAAUACUUACAUUCCACUCAUGUUUGAUAAUUUCGUGCACGCUGGCCAUCUACGUCAUCGCAAAUGUGGCUCUAACUCGAGAAGUCGAAUACUUGAAUCACGAGAUGGAAAAGGCCGAAAAGGAUCAUAAUCUUCAGAACCUCAAUGUGAUUUCAUUGUUCAGUUUGAGACAAAUCCAAAUUCUUAAAGUGAUUCAAAGAGCCAACAACAGUCUUGGGAGUUAUGGAAAUUUCGGACCCAUUUUCAGCUGUUUUGCGUUCGUUAAUGGUGUCUAUCUAACAAGCUUCCUAAAUGCCAUCCCAAUUGUGCCAUUCGUGUUUCUAAUGCUCAAUGUUGUCGUUUGCACGUUCAUCACAUUACUCACUUUCAUACCAGCGUGCAAACUGCAAAACGAGAUCGAAAAAACCGCAAGAUUGAUAAUGAUGAAUUGUGAAUUCGAGCAUCGCAAAGACCUCUAUCGCAUCUAUCGAUUAAUGCGCGAGAGAAUCUUGCAAUCUGACACGGCUCUUUAUGUGCUCAAUGGGAUUCCAAUUAAGAGCAAACCAAUUAACAUCGCAAUUUUCAUUAUUCCCAAUAUUGGGGCACUAUUGCUUCUUUUGAAAAAAUGUUUGAACUACAAUGGAAUCAAUUUCUAA